AAUAAUGCGUGUAUAAUAGAUUUAUAAAUAUAAGAAAAAGAAAAAAACUUCAAAUCAAACUAUUUUUAUUUUAUUUUAUUUUAUUUUAAUCAAUCAUGUCAACUUAUAAUACAGCUAAAGAAAACGAAAAAAAGAUGAAUGAAAACAUUGACAAGUCUGCAGAAGAAGCCAAGAAAGAAUUGUCAAAGUUAAGAACUGAAUAUGAAGAAUUUAAAAGAAAUGCACAACCUAAAGUAAAGGAAGCAGAAAACUAUUUAACUUCACCAGGCGCAAUUGGCUUCUAUCAAGGUGUUGUUGUUGGUGCUUUCAUUGUAUUAGGUUAUGCUAAAUAUAAAGGAGGAUUAAAGUUUUAAUAAUAAAACUACAACAAGAAGGUUUCAAGUAAUCUAAUUUUUGUAUAGAAAUCCGCUGUUGUCAAUAAGUAAUUUGUUUCUAUAAUAAAGCCCUUUAUUAUUAUUAUUAUUAAAGGAAUAAGAAGAAUAGAAGAAGUGUAUUUAAUAUGCUUUAUUUUAUUUUAUUUUUACAGCAAACAAUAAACCGUC